GCCUCCCAGGGAGGGGCUACCUCUUCCCAGGCGUCAGCUUCCUCUUGCCCAGAAACGGGAAGGAGAAGCUGUGACCAAGCCAAAGCUCCCCGGACUCCUGCCUCCAACUACGGCCCGGCUGGCUCCUAGGUGAGAAAUGUGGUCAUCUUCCCAACCUGCCCCAGGCUGCCGCCUGCUCCGGCUCCCUCUCCUGCUCCUGCUGGCUGCCCUGCUGACUGGGACACUCAGUGAACAGGGCCAAAGCUGCUAUGGUAUUCCGGGCCUGCCCGGCUUUCCCGGUGCUCCGGGCAAGGACGGCCGAGACGGGCUGAAGGGAUCCAAAGGGGAGCCGGGUGCCCCAGCAACUCCUGGCAUCCACGGCUCCAAAGGGCAGAAAGGAGAGCCCGGUAGCCCCGGCCCCCUGGGGAAGAACGGGCCGAUGGGCCCCAUGGGACAGCCGGGUGACCCCGGGGUUCCGGGUCUCCCUGGAGAGCCCGGCCUGCCCGGCAUGUUCAAACGCAAGCACCAGUCGGUGUUCACGGUGAUGCGAGAGACCCAGGAGUAUCCGGCCAAGGACAGGCCCGUCAGAUUCAACACCGUCAUCACCAACCCCCAGGAGGACUACAACACCGUCUCCGGCAAGUUCUCCUGCCGCAUUCCCGGACUCUACUACUUCGUCUUCCACGCAUCCCAGGAGGCCAACUUGUGCGUCAUCUUGUUCAAAGAUGACGAGAAGGUGGCCAGCUUCUGCGACCACAUGUCCAACAGGAGGCAGGUCAGCUCUGGGGGCGUCCUGCUCCACAUGGAGAGUGGCCAGCAAGUGUGGCUGGCUGUCAAUGACUACAACGGCAUGGUGGGCAAGAAGGGCUCUGACAGCGUCUUCUCUGGCUUCCUGCUCUUCCCUGAUUAGAAGCCUAGGAAAGUUGGGGCAUUGGCCUCCUUGCCUGCCUCCGAGACCUUCCUCUGGGCCUCUCUCUGGGCUUCUCUCUCUCCGGGCUUCUUUCUGGAUUUCCUCUCUGGGCAUCUCUCUGAUCCAUUUUCUGAGCCGUUCUCUGGGCCUUUUUAUGGGUUUCUCUCUCGAACUCUCUCUGGGACUCUCUCUGGACCUCUCUCUGGAUCUUUCUCUGGGUCUUUCUCUGGGCUUCUCUCUGGCCUUUCUCUGGGUUCCUCCCUGGGCCUCUCUCUGGGUUCCUCUCUGGACCUCUCUCUCUUCGCCACUCUCUCGGCCUUUCUCUGAGUUUCCCCCGGGCUCUCUCUGGGCCUCUUUUAGGAUGAUUUUUGGGCCAGUCUCUGGGUCUCUCUCUGAGCCAGUUUCUGGGCCACUCUUUCGGCCUCUCUGCCUCACGACUUCUCAUUGCUCCACUUCUGCCAGAUGGGGAGACACCUGAGGGACUAGAGGGGGGACGGCAGGGAGAAAGAAGGGGAGAAGAAGGAGGGGGUGGGUGAGGCACAGAAGGAUGGAGGGAUGGAGGGAAGAAGAAAGGGGGAAAGGGGAGGGAAGGUUGAGAGAAGAAAGGAAGAAAGGAGGUGGGGAGGGAAGGAAGGGGCUGUUAGUACUGAAGAUUCCCACCCAGAACCAGCCCUCUGCAGUGAGCCCAGAAGCCAGAAAGCCCACAGAAGACAGAGUUGAGGACUCCAGGAAGGAGCUGGGCCCUGCCCUUUUCUGUGUCCAGAGGAUGCUGAGCUGCUGGGAACCCGGGGAGCUCAAUCUGUCCCCACCGGCCCUGACUUAAGGGACUUCUUCCCUGCAACGCACUUCCUGCCCCUCUGACCAUCCAGCUCCCUGCCUGCAGCUCUGGGGCCGCUUGGGCCAAGAAUAUCCGUGGGGUCCUGCAAUAAAUCAGUGCUCUCUUCGCCCUGUGGGCCUG